AUGGACGAGCAGACGCCAUUAAAGCGCCAAAGAGAAGAAACCCAGAUCCCAGAUGAAGAAACAAAACGCCAUAAAUCAUACAAUCACAUCCUCUCUUUGCUCGAGUCAGAGGAAGACGAGCCGAACCAGGACUUGUCUUCUCUAAUCACCGCUUUACAACACGAGCUCUCUUCAGACACCGUUUUAGAUGAUAUCCUUGCCUUAGAAGCCGACCAAGAAAACCCCAGACCCGCAAUCGCAACAGAGACGGCCGACGCCGUCACCGGCGCCGCAGACGGUGGAAUCAGGAUGAUAAAGAGCAGGUUAUGGGAGCUUGAAGACGAGGCUGCUAAUUACUAUACCUUGUUGCAGUCUGAACUUUUCCUGUAG